UUUUGUUUGCACAGGAAGAGUUAGAACUUGAAUGCAUAGUCAUAUGGAGGAAACACCGGGCAGAUCAGUCUCCUUCAAAACUCAGCAUCAAUCAACUAACACAGUGAGAGUGAGUCUGCCACAGACUUUAGCAAAAUUUUCGAUAAGGAAAACAGUAUAGAAUUACUACCCUACUUAUUCUAAAUCUUUCGGGUACUUUGAUCAGAACGGAAAGCUGGAGUCUAGGCGCAGAGCAGAGCAAUGCUGCUCCUUACAGAGAAAAGAAACAUUAUCGCCGUCUUCUUCUUCUUCUUGCUGCAGCUCCUUGGGGAUUCCACAUAGCCCCAUCCGUGCCAUGGAGUUUCUAAGUCGCUCAUGGAGCCCCUCUGCCUAUAACUUUCAACAGAUGUUUCCAUCUAGUGUGAGAGACCUAGUCAUGCCUCUGCUUCAAAGCAUUGUCUUGCUUCUUGACUCGCAAUAGCACUGAAAGUAAUGGUUUAUUUAUGCAGACCAACAUGUUCCCUUCACAUGAAGAAAAGUUGGAUGAUGAGUAUAGCUUCGAGGGACCAGAAGAAAAGCUAGAGACAGAAGCAAUACACUUUGAGUUGCCACCGGAAAGUAGCAGGAGAAGAACUUUUAGCAGCAGCACUAGCAGGGUGGAUAACAUAUGGGUAAUCACAUAUCUCUGGUUCUCUUUUUUCACAGACACAUGCAUUUUGAACUAUAAUCAUUUAGGAAAAUGGUUUUAUGUUCUUAGACGAAUACAAAGGGAUGGUUAGGGGGGGAAUCCAUAACUAGCUUAUUAAGACGGAGCAGAGCCAAGAAGAAAGAGGAUGUUCGACUUCAAACAGCAAGCAUUCAUGCUGCCCUUUCCGUCACACGCUUGGCUGCAGCAAUCGCAAGUGUUGCUGCAGCCAAGAGCAGCAUAGACUCAGAAUCAGAAUCAGCACAAGAUAUUGGCAAUCAAGGUACGGUACUUCAAUCAAGGAACAACGUAGACGACAUUUUUGCUUCUGCAGCAGCUCUGGUUACCACAGUUUGUGCUGAAGCUGCUGAGUCAUUGGGGGCGCAGACAAUCGAUGUUUCUUCUGCCAUUAACUCAGGCUGGGCUACCCAAACAACUGGCGACAUGAUCACACUCACAGCUGAUGCUGCAACAUGUUUAAGAGGAGUUGCAGCACUCAAAGCAAGAGCCAAGGCCGAUGCGUAUUUUCCAAGAACCCAAACUUUUCCUCAAGUAAAAGCAGAGCUAUCUGUCGUCACUCCUUCUGGAAGCAAAAUAUACGGCUGGGCCUCCAUAUAUUCAAAGCAUAGUCAGCUCAUUUUGAGCCUCCAGAAGAAGCAUUUGAGAUUCUUAGCCACAACAAAGGAAUACAAGAUUUUGCGUGUGGAGGAGGGAACAAGGGAAGCUCAGGGAAACCUUUCAAUCAGCCUAAGGAGCAACAGUGGAUACAUCAAGCUCUUAUUCAAAGAUGAAAAUCAAUCUUUAGUCUGGACGACAAGCAUUUCUAGUCUCUUACAGUUGCAUUACUGAUGCUAAGGAAAUAUGUGUAG